AUACGUAUUACAGACUUGUUUGUCAAAACAAAACAGGCAUUAAUCUUUUUUAUCUUUCGAAGAUAUAACCCAUGGCGAUAUCUCACGCCCAACCUGUUCUGCUUCUCCUAUCAUCACUCUAUUUCUUAUCUGCUUUUGGCGCCGGCGCAUACAAUUUUGAAAACUGCAAAAAUGCACCUAUUGACUACAAUUACGGUAUUACGAACGUCACACGUGUGGAGAUCUCUCCAUACCCUGUUGGGCCUUACGACGAGCCAACCAUUACCAUAUCCGGCUUUACAAGUGAUGAUAGCUACAUCAUCUAUAGAGCAACUAUACAUGUGUUGUAUAAAUAUGAAAAUGUGAAUAGCACUAUAAUAAAUUACGACCUCAGUGAUGUGAUGGGUGAGGAUCCAUGCUCUAUUGAACCUGGCGAAAAAUUUGUGUUAACUCUUUCCAAAGUUCCUGGUUUGCAGUCACUCCCUCAUAAGGAUAAGUCCAAGAUUGUCAUAUCCCUUGUUGAUGAAUAUGGUGAUGACGCUGAAGUGCCACUGCUAAAAAUGUGUGUUGAGUUCGAUAACCCUGCUCCAACUACAACAUCGGUCUCUGCUUGAUUAAAUCCAAUUGGCUUAUGGAAAUAUGUUUUCAAUUCUUCAUAUGACACUCCCGUAUUACUUGCAUUUUUUUUUCCCUUUUCGUGUUGUUCAACAAAUAAAAGAAAUAUUGAAUUUAUAGUUUUAUACGACUCUCUCGUUAAUUACUAGCAUCCUUUUUAUAUUUCAGUAACUAUAUAGAAA